AUGAUGUUGAUAAGUUACAUUAUUACACUACUUCCCAUAGUAGCAACAUCUGCUCUAGCAAAGACACAUACCUUCAAUUGGACCACAGGUUGGGAUUAUCAAAAUGUAGAUGGUGUAUUAAAUCGUCCCGUAAUAACAUGUAAUGGUCAAUGGCCAUGGCCCGAUAUUCGCGUCACUAAAGGUGAUAGAAUUCAAGUAUAUCUUACAAAUGGGUUUAAUGAUUCAGAUACAUCAUUACAUUUCCAUGGACUUUUCCAAAAGGAUAAUAAUAAAAUGGAUGGUGUCCCAUUCUUGACACAAUGUCCAAUUGGUCCCGGUGAUACAUACCUUUAUAAUUUCACAGUGGAGGAUAAUGUAGGGACUUAUUGGUAUCAUAGUCACACAGCUGGUCAAUAUGAAGAUGGAUUUAGAGGAAUGCUUAUUAUUGAAGAUGGUGAAGAUAACGUUAACUUCCCAUAUGAGUAUGAUUAUGAUGUUCCCUUGGGGAUUGGUGACUGGUAUGAUAGAACUGUUGACCUAUUGACUGCUGAUUUUAUGAACCUUUAUAAUCCAACUGGUGCUGAACCAAUUCCACAAAAUUUAAUUUUAAAUAAUACAAGGAAUUUAACAUGGAAUGUUCAACCUGAUACCACUUAUUUGUUAAGAAUUGUCAACAUCGGUGGGUUUGUUUCACAAUACUUUUGGAUCGAAGAUCAUGAUAUGACUGUCGUAGAAGUAGAUGGUGUUUAUACUGAAAAAAAUACAACAAAUAUGUUAUAUCUUACUGUUGCUCAAAGGUAUUCUGUUUUGAUCCAUACUAAAAAUGACACUUCCAAAAAUUUUGCCAUUAUGCAAAAAUUUGAUGAUACCAUGUUAGAUUUGAUCCCAAAACAUUUAGAACUAAAUUCAACUUCAUAUAUGGUUUAUAAUUCAAGUGCUCCUCUUCCUGAUGAAAAUUUUGUCGAUUCAUUAGAUGAAUAUUUAGAUGAUUUCUAUUUAGUCCCCUAUGAGAAAGUUGAACUAUUUGAUGAACCUGAUUAUAGAAUUACAUUGGAUGUUAAAAUGGAUAAUUUAAUUAACGGUAUUAAUUAUGCCUUCUUCAAUAAUAUUACAUAUGUUACUCCUAAAGUUCCUGCUUUAAUUUCUGUCCUAACAUCUGGUAAUGAUUCCACUAAUGCAUUAGUAUAUGGUACCAAUACUAAUUCCUUUGUUCUUAAGAAAGAUGAAAUUGUUGAUAUUGUUGUUAAUAAUUAUGAUACGGGUAAACAUCCCUUCCAUUUACAUGGCCAUGUUUUCCAAACAAUUUCAAGAGAUCGACCAUAUGAAGCAGACGAUGGUGAGACAGUUCAUCCAUUUGACUUAACAGACCACACGCCUUAUCCAGAUUAUCCUAUGAUGAGAGAUACAAUAUAUUUGAAUCCACAAAGUUCAUUCGUCAUUCGUUUCAAAGCUGAUAAUCCUGGUGUUUGGUUUUUCCAUUGUCACAUCGAGUGGCAUUUAAUUCAAGGAUUAGCUAUAGUUUUAAUUGAGGAUCCAGAAAAUAUUCAAGCAGUAGAAUCCCAAAAUUUUACGGCUAAUGAACUUAAUGUCUGUAAAAAUAAGAACAUCCCAGUUAGUGGUAAUGCAGCUGGUGAUUCCGUAGAUUUCCUAAAUUUGAAAGAUGAAUUGGUUCAACCAAAGGCAAUUCCUGAUGGAUUCACCAAGAAGGGGAUUAUUGCAAUGGUAUUUUCAUGUCUUUGUGGUGUCCUAGGGUUAAUUAUGCUUUCUGUUUAUGGAUUAAUGGAUAUAUCUGAUGUCGAAGAGAAGGUAGUUAAAGAUUUUAGACUAUCACCUGAAAUCUUAUUGGAUGAUAAAAAUAUGGAUCAUAAUGAAUCAUAUCAAGAAUCAGUUAUGGAGAAAAGUGGAUCUAAAUCCAAGUUUUUCACAAGUAUAAGACGUCUUGCUCCUUUAUGA